AUGAGGAUCGCUUCCUGCUCGUGUAGAGAUCCAGACGAUCCGGUCAUGGGGACUCUGUCGGAGCCGGAUGACGCGGAAGAUGAACAUAGCCCAGCCACACCCAACUCGACGGUCGGGGUAUCGAUUCCACCGGACUCAUCCGCAGGCAUUGUCAGGAUUGCCUCUUCCGACUGUAUAAUGCCCCAGGACUCGGAUGUAGCACAGAGACCAAGACCAGAGGAUACCAAAGCCGGGCGAGGCCAAACCUUGGCGAAUUGUACCCCCGAAGAACCAUCAACAUCCACCGCAGUCGUCCAAAUGGCUUCUCAUUCCCGCACAACCCCGCAAGCCUCCAAACCAACAGUCUCGGACCCAGAACUCGAAGAGUUGCGCAGGAGACUCUACAACCUACCCCAAGAACUCUACGACAUGAUCGUAGAAGAAACCUUCGCUCUGAACUCAGACACCAUCGACUCCCCCGACCGCUUCAUAAGCGAUCAGUACACACUACCCUGGCAGCUCCGAAUCAACCGCCACCACCGCCAAAUCUUCAUGCAACACUAUUACGGUGGCACGGCAUUGUGGACURUCAAUCCAAAGGAUUAUCCCACCAUCUUGUACCGUUGGCUUGAUUCCCUCUCCCUCGAAGCUCUCGAGCUCCUCGUCCUCGUGAAAGUAAACUUCCACGGUCCCGAAGCGAACUGA